AUGGGACGAUCACUGAAGCAGUUUGCUGACCGAUAUUGGUGCGAACCUGAAAAGGCCUGUAUCAAUGAAAUCAGCACCACAGAAGACCAAUUUGGUGCAAUUCUUGACACCAUUAUCCUUGCGAAGAUUCGGGAGCCGCUGGAGCAAUGGACCAUGAAGUUGAAUGAACUUUACACAUCGCUUGGUGCAUAUAGGAACAGAUCAAUGCCAAGUCCAUGGGCAACUAACCAACAAGAGAAUGUCUAUCACAAUAUUUGCCUCCUGGUGAACAACCAGAAGGAUGAGUCCAUCAAAACCUACACCAAUGCCCUUUCAUGGCAAAAACUUUCAUUCGUAAAGGUCGGAGGACGACUUGCAUCUUACGGAAAACCAGAACUCCUCCAACGUAUUGAGGAAAUGCUCUGGCGUUGUAUUAUCGGUGUCGCGUGGGGCUGUUGGACAAGUGACACUGGAUUGACAAACUUCUUGACUGAGGCUGCACCAUUGAUCCAAGGUGACUCUGAGGGAGUGGAUACCUGGUUUUCUGAUGCAUUUGCUGCCCUUGUUCAGUGUAACCAAAUCCUUGGCCUGGAGGUUCACCGCCUCUUGACAUUGCAAGUGGAACAAUGGGGCCACAGACACUUUCCAGCGCUCUGGCCCCAUCCACCAAACACUGGCUUGAACAUUAACGACCUCCCCACCAUUGAGCUCGGUCAAAUUGGUGAAGACGGUUCUUUGUUUGUUUGA